ACAGAUGGGUGGCAAGGUAAAAUUUGUAUCCAUCCGGAGCCGAUCGAAUUAGGAAAAACGGAGGCUUCUUAGCGUCCAUAGCCAAAUCGGACACACAACUCCUCGUUACUCACCGUUGGUCCGAAUCCAAGCUGUUGUCCCAAGUAGCUUCUCGCUCUCUACAUUUAUGUAGUUGUAUCUGAGAUUAUAUUAAUCUCGUAGAUCAAACACACUGCCUGUCUAUCUAUCUACACCGCUCGACCACAUACUAGGGUUUUUCUCUACAAAAACACUCAUUAUAGGCAUUUUCGUGCAUUCGAUUCAUGUCAAUCUUCAAAAGCCCCGAACCAACAGAAUCGUGAAUUUCAGACACGAGAGAUGGGGAUUUCGUUUAAGGUCUCAAAGACCGGUAAAAGGUUUCGCCCCAAACCAUUCCAGUCCGAGGCUGCUGUAGAAGACGACGUCGUCCAGAGUUCCAAAACUAGUAGUCGAAUUCUCGGCAAGACUAAUUCUACUUCAGCAUCUACCCGGAAGCUCGAGGCUAACGUCACUGAAUGCAACAAGGAUGUUGCUGGAAUCUCCGAGAAUGAAGUUUCAUUCACUUUAAAUCUCUUCCCAGAUGGAUAUUCCAUUGGAAAAUCCUCAGAGAAUGAAAUCGGGCAUCUGGCUACCCUUCAAGACGUUCCAAAGUUUUUACAUCCAUAUGAUAGGACAUCUGAAACUCUCUUCUCCGCAAUUGAGUCUGGCUGGUUGCCUGGAAAUAUUCUGGAUGACAUACCCUGCAAAUAUGUUGAUGGAACACUUGUGUGUGAGGUGCGAGAUUAUCGGAAGUGUGCUUCUGAAUCAGGGCUUAAUAUUCCUUCUGUGGAUGGUUCUCCUACAGUAAAUAAACUUCGUCUUAGGAUGUCGUUAGAGAAUGUAGUGAAGGAUAUCCCAUUGAUUUCAGAUAAUACUUGGACAUAUGGUGAUCUGAUGGAAGUGGAGUCCCGGAUAUUAAAAGCUCUGCAACCUAAACUAUGUCUAGACCCUGCUCCUAAGUUAGAUAGACUCUCCGAUAACCCAGUUCCUGCUAAGCUAAAUUUGGCUAUGUGCAGUUUGCGGAGGAAAAGACUGAGGCAGAUGCCAGAAAUUACUGUUACAUCAAAUAAUAAAAUCCAUGGGAAGAAAGUUUGCAUAGAUAGAGUGCCGGAAAGCUCAAACUGCAGGUUGGGAGAAUCAGGACCUGUAUCUGGCAAUUUUUUGCCGCAGCCUGUCCAUGAGAAUUUCUCUACUCAAAAUGUUGGUCCAAGCAAUAUGCUGACCUCAAGACCUAAAAGCUUUGUUCCAGAUGCGUCUGUUCCAGCAUUGCCUUUAGCGUCUCACCAAUCAAAAUAUCAAACUGGGGUCGGGAACCCAAGAAUUAUGCAGGAUCAAGGGUCAGGACCUGUUUUGAAUGCACCUGGGGCUACUGCUGGUCAGGACAUGAUGAUCUCAUCCUACACUGACAAUCUAAACUCUAAUGCCUUUUCUGUUCAUGAUAAGAGGGAAACUCAAGAUGGGCAGUUGUCGCCUUUAUCCAGUUUGAAUAAGAGAGCUAGGCCCACUCCUGUAGGUCCCGAUGGUAGUCAACAGCAGCAUAUAGGGCCACGUGUGGACAGCUUCCUUGCAUCGGAUUCACACUGGAAGAAUACACUGUUACAGCAGCAGCAAUCAUUUGCUAGAGGACUUCAGUAUGCAACUACUGGCAUGCAGAAGUAUCCCCAGCAGAUGUUUGAAGGGGGUUUAAAUCGGGAGGUUGGCGCGAUGUCGUUCACUGUGGGACAGCAAGGGAUGAGAUUUAGUGCAAAGGAAGAGCCAGUCGAGUUAGACAGAUUGGACAAGCCAGAGCUCAAUCGAAAUAAAAAUGAAAUGCACAUGGCUGAAACAGGUACGAACCAUAUGGAUCCUCAGCAGUCACAGAUGCAGCAAAGGUUACCUCAGCAUGCAUUUAUGAGAUCUCAGUCUCCCUGGAAUAAUCUUGGUCAGCCUAUUGAGAAUAGUUCUAGGAAGGAGGACCAGUUUCAGAAAAGGAAAUUAGUGCAAAGUCCCAGGGUUUCUGCUGGUGGUUUACCUCAAUCUCCCUUGUCAUCCAAAUCUGGAGAAUUUUCUAGUGGUUCAAUAGGACCCCAAUUCGGACCAGUUGCAACAUCAUCUGUACUUGGAUCAUCACAAAAGGAGAAGUCAGUAGUCACCUCAGUUCCUGCAGUUGGCGGCAUGACAUCUUUGACAUCUAAUGAUUCCAUGCAGCGGCAACACAAAUGGAGAUCAAAUUCCCUCCCCAAGACCCCAGCAAUGAGUGGAGUUGGGUCACCUGUUAGUGUUGGUAAUAUGAGUGUUCCAUUUAACACAAGCAGUCCUCCAGUUGGAACUCAACCUUUGGCUGAUCCAGUCAUGCUUGAAAGGUUCUCAAACAUUGAAAAAGUGGCUAUGAGGUAUCAACUUAUUGGCAAAAAGAAUAAGGUGGAUGAGUGCCACAUCAGGAAAGCCAAUACAUAUCCUGUGCAGCAGCUGUUGCUUCAACUCUCCAGUGAUUCCAAUAACGAGAAUUUCAGAGAUGAAACAUGUGCAAUGCCAUUAUCAAAGUCAAUUGUAGGUGGCAGCAUGAAUAUUUGCAAGAUAAGAGUCUUGAAUUUCGUGCAGUCAGAGCGCAUACUUCAAGGAAAUGGUUUUCCUAUUGUUCCCAGGGCACGAACUAGAAUGAUCAUGUCAGAGAAGCCAGAUGGUACUGUAGCAAUGCAUUAUGGAGACAUAGAAGAUGGUGAUUUUUUGACUGCAGAGGAUUAUCUUCCUACAUUGCCCAAUACUCACUCUGCGGACUUACUGGCAGCACAGUUCCUUUCACGGAUGAUAGUCGAAGGACAUCAUGCAGAAGAUCAUGUCCAACCUAAACCAAUCCGCAUGAAUCGUGCCUCAAGCAGUCAAUCUAAUGCUCCUGGAAUCCCUCAAAACAAUGCAGCAGUCGAGAUGCAGCAAUAUUCAGAGGCAGUUUCUGGUCAGCCAUCCAAUGAAAUUGCAAAGCCAAGUAACAGUGGUAACGCAUCUAUAAACCCGUCUCAAAAUCCAUCAGGCACAAGGAUGCUACCACCUGGAAAUGCUCAGGCCUUACAGAUCUCUCAAGGACUCUUGCCUGGGGUUUCAAUGCCUGCUAGGCCUCAACAGCCUGACCCACAACCAUCACUGCAACAACAGCAGCAGCAGCAGCAGCAGCAGCAGCAGUCCCAAAAUCAGAACUCCUUGAUGCAACAGCAGCAUCAGCAGCAUCCCCAGUUCCAAAGAUCACCUCUUAUGCUUGCAUCAAAUCCACUUUCACAAUUGAACACAAUGGGUCAGAACUCAAGCAUGCAGUCGGGUAAUCAUAUGGUUAAUAAACCUUCGCCUCUUCAACUUCAGCUGUUACAGCAGCAACAGCAGCAGCAACAACAACAACAACAACAACAACAACAACAACAACCACAACAAAUGCAGAGGAAAAUGAUGGUGGGACUUGGAAGCCUCGGUAAUAACAUGGUUGGGCUUGGAGGCCUUGGCAAUGUCAUGGGCAUGGGGGCUGCAAGGGGGAAAGGAGGAACUGGAAUUUCGGCACCAAUGGGGUCUAUUUCAGGCAUUGGCAAUGUGGGUCAGAACCCAAUGAAUCAAAUCCAGGCUUCAAAUAUAAGCAAUGCAUUAACCCAGCAAUUGCGUUCUGGAACACUAACGCCGGCACAAACUGCUAUCAUUGCAACAAAGCUUAGGAUGACACAGAACAGAACAAACAUGUUGGGGGGGCCUCAAUCAAGUAUAAGUGGGAUGUCUGGAGCUAGACAGAUGCACCCUGGCUCUACUGGUCUUUCAAUGCUAGGUCAUACUUUAAGUCGAGCUAACAUGAACCCAAUGCAGCGAGCAACAAUGGCACCAAUGGGUCCACCAAAAUUGAUGCCGGGAAUGAAUCUUUACAUGAACCAACAUCAGCAGCAACAGCAGCAACAACAACAACAGUUGCAGUUACAACAACAACAACAGUUGCAACAGUUUCAGCAGCAGCAGCAACAGCAACAGCAACAGCAACUACAGCUGCAGCAACAACAACAACAGCAGCAGCAGCAAGAAACUAGCUCACCACUACAGGCUGUUGUUUCGCCUCCGCAAGUGGGCUCACCAUCAACCAUGGGAAUUCCACAGCAACUGAACCAACAGGCCCUGCAGCAGCAGGCUAGCCCACAACAAAUGAGCCAGCGAACUCCAAUGAGCCCGCAACUGAGCUCGGGAGCUAUCCAUGCCAUGAGUGCUGGUAAUCCAGAAGCUUGUCCAGCAAGCCCUCAGUUGAGUUCACAGACCCUUGGUUCAGUUGGUAGUAUUACAAAUUCUCCUAUGGAGCUGCAAGGUGUGAACAAAAGUAGCUCUGUUGGUAAUGCAUAGUCAAGAUUAAAACGAUUGGUUCAAAUUCCUCAUGUUGAUGGUUUAGCUGCACUGGUUCUAAGCCCUUCAGCAGUUUCUUAAAGAGGUUGCAAACUAAUGUUGUUGCUAAGUGAUGGUAUGGAGAUUAAUAAGGAGGCUGCUUUUAUGGCUCAUUUAAAAUAAAGUCAUGCUAAGGUUCAAAGAAUUGAUAUUGGUUGGCGUCUGGAUGAGGGUUACCUUGUACUACUGGGAUGCAGUUGGAUGUGUGAAACCUGCCAAGAAAUAAGUCGAGACAUUAAGUUACAAUGUUAGGAACUGGCCAAUCCAUGGGUAUACCAUGAGCAGAAUGGAAGUAUAUAUAUAUAUAUAUAUAUAUUUUUUUUUUUCCUGGUUAUAUCUUUUUUUUUUUUUUUUCCUGGUCAUGAUUAAUGUAAGCUGGUUGCUUGCAUAAAAGUAUAAUUGGACUUGAUUGAGUUUUGUUCGAAUUUAUAUUUGCAGAGGGGACGAUAAUGACAGUUUAGCUAUUUGUUUGUAAAAGGACCGCUGUUAUUAACUUUAAUCUAGAUCUAUACAAGGUAACAAUGAUAGCAGUGUUCUGCUUUGAAA